AUGGUAGCACUGCGACACCCCUGCACGGUCGGUGAGCUGGUCAAGUUAGAGCGUGUACAACGUGCUGCCACUAGACUUGUUGUUGGACUACUUGGGACCGGCUAUGAAGGUCGUCUACAGGUUAGUGGUCUAUUCCCAGUUGCGUAUCGACGCAUGAGAGGAGAUUUGAUCUGCCUGAGGAAGAUCCUGAGGAGUGAUAUGGACCCGGAGUUGCAGCACUACAAACAGAGGAACGCGCACACUCUCUCACUUUGA